GGUGUGCACGGCUUUUGCUUUUGUUCUGCGCUCGGUGUUUUUUCGGUCUUGCCCACCACACCACCUACAAGCGAUAGGAAAUCGGGCGAACUCAGACCCGGAAAAUAUGGCAAAAAAUGGGUCGGAAAAAAGCUAUCAUCCCAGCUGUAUCGCUGAAAUGUCAAUGGUGUAAUUAAAGAGAAAUACGAGUUUUUCAAAGAACACAAAAUGUUUUUAUAACGUUGUGUAAUUUAAUAGGGCUUUUGGCUCAUUCGUCAUUCGAACUUUGAAAGAGACCGACGCGGCUUAUCCGGGCUCCCGAAAUUUUGGCUUAUUUACUAUGUUAAUCUAUUGACUUUUUAUAACAGUGUAUGGUGAUUUUCCAUUAAAACAAAUAUAUUGAGAAACUCAAAGAAAUAUCACAGUUUUGUGUUCUUAACCUGGUCGUUGUUAUUGAUUAUUCUGCUUUAAAGACUUGCCUACAAAACUCUGAAAAUGUUGAUCUGCUGCAUGGAUAACUGCGAGUUUAACAACUUAAUCAUUAGUGACGAUGAGAAUGUUAGGUGCUGGCUCUGUGACGAAUAUGCCCAUAUCAAGUGCGCAGGCAUAUCUGAAAAUGUACUUGGCUUAAUGGAAAUGAAGAGUGGUCUAAAAUGGUCCUGUGAAGACUGCAGAGUGAUUAAGUCCCAAAUGGGAAGGUAUAUGAGGCAAACACGAAUGGAAAUCAGUGAGCUCUUCAGCGAAGUUCGAGCUGUUCAUGAAAAGUAUUUAAAACUGGAAUCAGCCUUUGCAUCUCAUUUAAUAGAUUGUCAGGGUGUUUCUAAUUCGGUGGAUACUGUUUCACAGCCAGUGAAACUAGAUAAACCUAAUUCUGCGGAUAUUGUUACUGAGGGGAAAACUAAAUCUGCUGAGUCUCAUUAUGAAUUUGCGACUUUGAACGAACCAACAGCUAAAAACUGGCAUCAAAAUGCGGCUCCUGUGGCGCUACCCAUUAUACCUAUCCCUGAUAUCCUGAGAGCUGUUCCUCCAUUAAAGGCAGUGUUCGUUUCGAGGCUUACAACAUCAACUACUGAAGACGCCCUUAAACACUACAUAGUUGCCAAACUUUCCUAUCCCGAUCCCGAUGACAUUGUCGUUAGAAAAAUAUAUAAUAAACAAAGACGAAAGAUUUCAUCGUUCAAAGUCUUGGCACCUGAUCUUAUAUACAGCAGGAUCUUAAGUCCUGAAUUUUGGCCAGAGCAUAUUGUUGUGCAUGAGUUCCUUAAAAAACAUGAUCUUAAAUCAAAUAAUUUUUAG